AUGAACGCCGCGCAGUACCUGCUGGACCGCAUGCGCACGUGCAAGGCGCUGCACGAGAUCGGCGACAAGAAGGCGCGCGGCUGCUUCCAGUCCGUGGGCAGCGCCACGCACUCGUUCCACGGCGACGACGCAGUCGGCUUCGGCCCGGGCUACAUGGUGGUGGCGGACGGCGUGUCCGGCACCAUGAAGGCGUCCGGCGUGCUGGCCAGGAUGCUGGUGGCCGAGACGCUCACGCACCUGGCCAAGCUGCGCAAGCGCUCGAGGGAGGAGCCGCCCUGCGCCGAGGACUUCAGCCAGAGCAUGCAGGCGGCCAUCAAGAGCGCGCGCAAGAUGGCCAAGCGCAAGGGGAGACUCGACUCGACGAUCUCGGCUGUUUAUUUCGACGAGGUCUCGCGCCAGAUGUUCGUCUACACGAUCGGCGACUGCAAGUGCGUCGUGUUCCGCGGCGACGCGCUCGUGUUCGAGAGCGACUCCAUCAUCUACGACUUUAACGUGCCGGCCGUGGUGUCCAGCAACCAGUCUAUCAACUACGCGGCGGAGGUGCAGAUCCAGGUAUUUGAGUAUGAAGAGGGUGACGUGUGUCUGCUCUUCUCGGACGGCGUGCACGACAAUAUAUACGUUGACGACAUUGUGUCGUGCGUCGCGUCGGCUUCGACGUCGCCGUCGUCUCGAUCGAAGGGCGGCGCGGCGGAGGAGAUCGCCCGCAGGACAGUGCAGCGCGCCAAGGACACCUUCGCGUGCAGCUCGCAGUACAUCCCAUUCGCCGUUUCAGCCGCGGGCUUCUGCCGCGAGGCGUUGGCCGAGCUCGAGAACAGCAAAACCGUCGACGCGGAGGAGUUCGAGCGGUUCCGACAGAAGUGCGAAGCCAUCCCAUCUCUAGAAAUCCAGCGCGCCGCCUUCACCAAAGAGCGGCGCGUGCGCCAGCUAGCGUUCUACAGCGCGUCCAACCUGCUCGCCUUCGCACACAAGAAGCAGGGCAAGCGUGACGACAUCUCCGUGUGUGCAGCAGUUCUCGCGUGA